UUACCAUCUAUUCACUCUCACAUCAAUCCCUUCAAAGCCUUUUGCUUUCUGAAUUUACCCCGAAAUUCAGUGAUUUUCUGAUAAAUCUGCGUCCAGCUGUUGAUUUAAUCACUUGUAUUUAUUGGAAGGAAUCUGAAUUCGAAUCCGAUUCCGGAAUCCGAAUUCGUUUUCAUCAUUGCCGGAUCAUCAGAGACAGAGUUGUACAGUAUGUGUGCGUUGAUGCAUGAAUUGCUCAAUCUUGGAUUGUUUAUUUUGUAAUGCAAUCUCUGAAUGAGAGUGGCAAAAAGAAGAAUCUGAAACGUUCGUGGUUGUUUCUUAACGAAAUGCCUGUAACUGAUGCAACUGUUGCAAAUGCUCUGGACAAUUGCUCUAUAUUCCCUGUUGAAGAGAUAGCCCAGCAUCCUUUACCAGGUUAUGGAGUGCCGACUGCAAUUAGUUUUAGCCUCGAUAAUAGUCUCAUAGCGUACCUGUUCAGUCAGGAUCAGACUUUGAACAGAAACUUGUUUGUAUUUGAUCCCAAGAUUGGGAAACGUGAGCUGUUCUUUAGACCACCAGAUGGUGGUCUUGAUGAAAAUAAUUUAUCUGCUGAGGAGAAGUUGAGAAGGGAGAGGCUAAGAGAGCGAGGCUUGGGAGUGACACGCUAUGAAUGGGCAAAGACCAGCCCGAGGAGAAAACGACUUAUUGUGCCUUUGCCAGCUGGGAUCUAUAGCCAGACAAAUGAUGGCAAGACUGAACUUCUGAUCCCAAGUGUCUCUGGUUCGCCGAUUAUAGACCCACAUCUCUCCCCAGAUGGAACUAUGCUUGCCUAUGUGAGGGAUAAUGAGCUUCACGUGUCUAACCUUCUGUACAAUGUGUCAAAGCAAUUGACUAUGGGUGCUAAUGACAGUACUAUAACACAUGGCAUUGCUGAGUUCAUUGCACAGGAGGAAAUGGACCGGAAGAAUGGUUACUGGUGGUCAUUAGAUAGCAAAUAUAUUGCAUUUACCAAGGUUGAUUCAUCAGAGGUACCUCUUUUUAGGAUCAUGCACCAGGGUAAAAGUUCAGUGGGUUCAGAUGCACAGGAAGACCAUGCAUACCCUUUUGCUGGCGGUCCAAACGUGAAAGUCCGCUUGGGAGUUGUUCCUGCCAUUGGUGGACCAGUUUGUUGGAUGGAUCUUCUCUGUGGAGGUGAGCAGACAGAAGAUGAGGAAUAUUUGGCAAGAGUCAAUUGGAUGCAUGGAAACAUUCUUACUGCUCAGGUGUUAAAUAGAACUCAUUCUAAACUGAAAAUCCUCAAGUUUGAUAUUAAAACUGGCCAGAGGGAACUAAUUUUGCAAGAAGAUAGUGAAACUUGGAUCAAUUUGCAUGAUUGUUUCACUCCUUUAGACAAAUUACCUGAUCGAUCAUCUGGAGGAUUCAUUUGGGCAAGCGAAAGAACUGGAUUCAGGCAUUUGUAUUUGUACGAUGCUGAUGGUGUGUGCUUAGGACCUAUUACUCAAGGUGAUUGGAUGGUUGAGCACGUAGCUGGUGUAAACGAGGCUACUGAAAUUUUAUAUUUCACUGGAACCUUGGAUGGCCCUUUGGAAUCACAUCUUUAUCGGACGGAGUUGUUCCCAGAUAGUAGCCGUUCCUUACAGACUCCCCUAAGAUUGACCCAGGGAAAGGGAAGGCAUGUUGUUGUUCUUGAUCACCAGUUGCAAAAGUUUGUGGAUAUCUAUGAUUCCUUGGAUUCACCUCCCAAAAUCACCCUAUACUCGUUGCUGGAUGGAAGCUUCAUUGCGUCAGUUUAUGAGCAGCCCGUCAACAUUCCCAGGUUUAAGGAACUCGCACUUGUGCCUCCUGAAAUAGUUCAGGUGAAGGCUAAGGAUGGAACUACCUUGUAUGGGGCACUAUAUAAACCUGACGCUGCAAGAUUUGGACAACCACCUUACAAGGCAAUGGUUCACGUCUACGGUGGUCCCAGCGUACAGCUAGUCUGUGAUUCUUGGAUAAACACAGUCGAUAUGAGAGCUCAGUAUCUCAGUAGUAAAGGCAUAUUAGUUUGGAAGAUGGAUAACAGAGGAACUGCUCGACGAGGACUCAAGUUUGCAGGUGCGCUCAAGUACAAAUGCGGCCAGAUUGAUGCUGAGGAUCAACUCACUGGAGCCGAAUGGCUCAUCAAGCAGGGGUUAGCUAAAGACGGCCACAUUGGACUGUACGGAUGGAGUUAUGGCGGAUAUCUCUCAGCAAUGGCACUGGCAAAAUUCCCCCAAGUAUUCAAAUGUGCAGUUUCCGGAGCUCCUGUGACAUCAUGGGAUGGAUACGACACCUUUUAUACCGAAAAGUACAUGGGCUUGCCCUCUGCAAACGAAUCGGGCUACUUACACAGUUCUGUCAUGCAUCACAUCGACAACAUGGAAGGGAAGCUUCUCCUGGUGCACGGGAUGAUAGACGAAAAUGUUCAUUUCAGGCACACAGCGAGGCUUGUCAACGCGCUCGUGGCUGCCAGGAAGCCUUAUGAACUGUUGAUAUUCCCAGACGAGCGCCACAUGCCUCGCGGACUCAGGGACCGCGUAUACAUGGAGGAGAGGAUCUGGGAUUUCAUCGAACGGAGUUUGUAGAUGAUGUUGCAUCAGAAACGACGAAAUUCAGGUCUGACAAUUCGACGAAGCUCGUUGAAGAUAGAGUGUGCUCCUAAACUUUUGUUUCAAAUGAUGUGAAAUAAGAAUCUUGUGGUGUACAUAGUUGAUGAAGCCUUGGAAGGAAAAACAGUUUCAUUUUA